GAUUUUUUUAACAUGUCAGCAAGUCUAGACCCCUCCCAAUAAUUUUUUUUUUUCAUUCCUUCUUUUCCUCUUUUCUUUUCUCUUUCUUCAACUUCUGCAAAUUCAAACAUUUCAACCAAUCUCUAUCUUUAUGGCUUUAUCAUCAUCAUCAAAUAAUAAAACUCACAAACAAAAAAAAUAAAAAGAAAUUUUUUUAAUUUUCUACCAUUGGGUUCGAAGGAACCCAAGCGUGAGCUCCAUCGAACCCAAUGCUUGGGUUCCCUCGAACCUUAGCGCCUAGGUUCGAAAGAACUUGCACUUGGGUUCCAACGGACCUAGGCGUGCUGGGUUCAAAGGAACCCAAUGCAUGGGUUCUUUGGAUACCAUGCGUGGGUUACUGGUCAUCAUCUUUGGCAACAAAAAUAAUCCUCGGGAGAACAAUCCCAUCAGAGGUGGAAGCGAUGGUGGGGUUGUGGGAAGGGGAGCGAGGGGGGAGGAGCGACAGUAGAUGUAAGAGGCAAGGAGGAUGGUGGAGAGGAGAACGAGGCAACCAAGGGUGAUGGCGAUGGAGUAACCAAGGCCUAGAUUGUGGGGUUUCCUGUAGAUUCAUUGAGUCUUGGCGGUGAGAAGGGGAACAUACAAGGAUGAUAAAGGUGGUGACCAAGUUUCUAGCCAUGGAAGAUUUCGAUCUCGUGGUGGAAGCAGUGGGGGUCGGGGAAAAGGAGUGGUGUAUCUUAGUUUACCGAUCUGCUUUGCUUUGGACGACGAGGUGGCAUGGCUAUCUUACCCUGUCAACGAUUGGUGAGAAGGAAGGGGUUUGGUUGGCUUCAGGAGGAAUUGGGAAUUGUUUUGUCAAUGGUUGCUAAGGGGUGGCUGCUAGUGGCGAUAGCUUUUUUUCGACAUGGGCUUGCGUUUCGCAGUGGGAUUGCUUGAAUCAAAUUUUUCGAUAAUU